UCAUUUGAAUCUGGUGAGGGAGGGAGUGGAGGUCUGGCGCCCGUCCUCAGCACUGUUAUUUCUCCCGCUGCCUUCGAGCAACACAGUCGAUUCUCCUUACGAAAACGGCUGAAUGGAGAGAAGAACAUUGUUCUAUGACAGCACUAAGGAAACUUCCAGAAUUUCUUAUGUUCGAAGACAGUUUGCAAGUAGAUGCAUAUCAACGAAUAAUUUUGAAAUUCGUAUUGUGAGGUUCGCUGUAGUGUAAGAGGCAAAGUGUGAAGUAGCGGUCACCUUUUGAGUAAAAUAACCCAUAAAAGAUCAGAACCUACAGUAUUAUCGUUAGUGUCAUUUGGUAAGUAAUUUCACAUUUGCCAAAUUAGUUUGACAGUUGGCUGGAAUCAUGACUCGGAGAUCCUGUGUAAUUUACGCUACUGGAAUUGUCUGCGCCCACCUACUGAUAGUGGGGAUCGCAUUGGUGGUGGCUCAAGUCUUUCAAACAAUGAUUCACAACCGGCUAAAAAAGGAAUUGACUUUGACAGAGGCAAGCCGAGUAUUUGAGUCAUGGAAGAACCCGCCGCCUCCAGUCUACAUGGAGUAUUACUUCUUCAACGUGACCAAUCCAGAAGUGUUCUUAGCAGGGGGAAAGGCAGUGGUCACCCAGAUUGGACCUUACACUUACAGGGAAUACAGACCUAGGGAAAAUGUGACUUUCCUUGAAAAUGGAACCAAGGUUUAUGCCCUGAAUCCCAAAAGCUUUGUCUUCGUCCCAGAGAAGUCCAGAGGUAAUCCAGAGGUCGACAUUCUGAGGACAGUCAACAUCCCAGCUGUGGCUGUGAUGAGUGAGCUGAACUCCUACUCCUUCCUGCUGCGUACCUUCGUCUCCAUAUAUAUGAAGUCCAUCGGCGUGGAGAUCUUCAUGACCCGCACUGUCCACGAGGUGCUGUGGGGCUUCAAGGACCCUUUGCUCACCAAAAUCCACAGCCUUAGGCCAGAGGUGGAUGAGAUGUUUGGGCUGAUGUGGAAGAAAAAUGGAACUCAUGAAGGAGAGUUUGUGUUCCUGACUGGUGAACGUGAUUACAUGGAAUAUGGCAGAAUAGACACAUGGAAUGGGUUGACUGAAAUGUCAUGGUGGUCCUCUAACCAGAGCAACAUGAUCAACGGGACGGACGGGAGUGUGUUCCACCCUCUGUUGUCUAGGAAAGAGCUGCUGUACAUCUUUGCGGCUGACCUCUGCAGGUCUAUCCAUCUGGGUUAUGUUGAGGACGUGGACGUGAAGGGCAUCCCAGCCUACCGUUUCGCCCCGCCCCACGACGUCCUACAGAGUCCUGAGGAGAACCCCACUAACGCCGGCUUCUGUGUGCCAGCUGGGGACUGCCUCGGCACCGGGGUGCUAAAAGUCAGUGUUUGCAGAGAAGGUGCACCUAUCGUGGUGUCGUUCCCCCACUUUUAUCAGGCAGAUGACAAGUACAUUAAUGCUGUUGAUGGACUGCACCCCAACAAGGAGGAGCAUGAGACUUACCUUGACCUUAACCCGACCACUGGGGUUCCCAUCCGUGCUUGCAAGAGAGCCCAGCUCAAUAUCAUUUUGAACAGAGUUCCAGGCUUCCCCAAAACCAAACAUCUAAACGAGAUCAUUUUUCCCAUUAUGUUUGUCAAUGAGACGGCCACUAUUGACGAUGACUCUGCUGCCCAGAUGAGAACCCUGCUGCUCAUCGUGACCUUGGUGUCCAACUUCCCUCUGCUCAUCGUGGGCAUGGGAGCCAUCCUGCUCAUUGUCCUAGUCGUCCUGGUCUGCAGGUCUCGCCAGAAGAAGAAUGAAGUAAAACGUAUUGAUUUUACUGAAGCUUUUCAUUCUUUUACUACGGCAAAAGAUGAAACGGCCUACACUCAAGUCAGCGACAAACCAGAGGUUGAACCAUCAGAAAACAACUAUACCAACCAGCCAAUGAGGAACGGCUCCUACAUCGCCAUGUCUCCCGUGGAGGCUCAGAAGUGUUGAUGCAGGCUGCAUUGUGUGGAGGGGCAGGCGGAGCAGCCUGGGCGUGGUAGUAUAACCAAGGCAGGGUUUUACAGUGCGGAACAGAGGUUUUCACUUUUGGGCAACAACCCCAAUAAAUGUCCACGUCAAUCAAGAUGCUGCUCAUCUCAAUGAUGCUCAUGACUAUCCUGCUGAGCAUGGUCUUUCUGCCUGACAUAGUGCAAAACAACAACUCCUGUCUCUGUUCUGUUGGGCUCAGUGCUGGGUUCAUGAAGGAACACUUGGACAGCCAGGACAACUUUUUUGAGUAUUUUCUGCGAGGGAAUAAAUAUCAAAUUAUGCAGUAUUCUCACUAAUUAAUAACAACCACUGAGCAGUCACUAUCAGCGUUCUACUGACUGAUGGGUAGUCUUCACCUGAUUUAAUGACGACUAGAGGGUCCUGAAACAUUUCUUUGUAUCAGUGUUUGUGAGGUCACCUCAAACAGCCACCAGAUUAAAACAUCUGGUAUUCUUCUCUCCCUGUAACUGAGUAUUCACUGACUCAGAAUAUAAGUGGUUUUGCUAGUAAAACUGUACUUAGCAUAUCCUUUUUGAAGAAAAAAGAAAUGGACUACUUAUAAUAUAUUUUCUUUUCCAGGGAUGAAUCCGUCAGUGCACACACCCAAGUUGUUAUCCAAUAGAAUUUGUGACAGUUUGUAUGUCUUACCAUGCAGUGUCCUGUUUUGAUUGGACUAUAGGGACUAUUUUUCUUGAUGAAGGCUCAGUGUAGUAUGACAACUAGACAUUUAGCUCUUUUUCCCUUUCCCUUUUUCCCCAACACUAGUUUGAGACAGAUUUAUUUCUAAACCUUAGACAUUUCUUCAGAUAAGGCAUUAGUAAAUAGCUGCUUUCCCAUUUAAGGAAAGGCCUAAACUUUCAUCUCGUAUUGAAAUUGUAAGAAAAAAAACAUACCCACAAAACUUACAAGGGAGACUUGAACCUACUUUCUGCCUUACAAUUUUCAGUGUUUCUUUGUUGAUAUGGUAAAACGCUGGAUAUCUUAAUAGUUGUACAUAUGCAAGGGGGAAAUGUCUGGCUACCUCUGACCUAAUCCAGCAAGUAGUCACAGGUGUGCCGAAGACACCAUUUUUUUUUUUAACAUCAGUGUGGACCCACUUUGUGUCUGCAUCAAUACUUGGAGAAAGCACAAUUUGGAUUGAUAGUACAGUCCUCAUAACAAGGUGACCAGGUUUUCACAUAAAGAUGAAACGCUGUUAAACAUCGACUGGUGCACCGUAAAAAAAAAUGCAGGUGAAUUGUAGAAUAAACAAUCGGGCCAUGCACACCGCUUCUGCUGUGCAUGUUAUGUCAGUCAACUGGCUUGCCAAGGAGCUGCAGAUAUUCAGACGAACAUGGCACUUGAAUCACUCUUUGUCUGAUGUGUUUUUGGGGCCAUUUUGGUCACUAGUCUCUGUCGUGUCAAGCCUUUUGGCAGUUGCUUCUGGAAAAAAUGAACUAAGGCCAUAAUACUGUCAACUUGAAAAUUCCUGCACUUUCCCCAAAAAAGAACAUGCCCUGUGUUUUUUUUGGUUGUUAUAUAAAAUGCAAGGGUCCUUCUGUGUAUUUCAGUAGUUUGCCCCAGGGUUGUUUUUCAAUGUGGUUCCUGAGGUGUUGUUCUAGAUGGACACUUUGCCUUUGUUACUUGCUUUUCAGUACAUUGCAUAUUUUUUAUUUUAUUUGUGUCUAAUAUUGCUGCUAUUAAUUGCCAUAACCUAUGGACUUGUAUUUUUUUCUAUGGAUGAGCCAUCCAUGCUCAUAUUCUGUUUUAAGGUUGUUCCAACAGAAACCAGUAUCAACUUCUAAAUUGCUAUGUCUGGUCUCUGUGAAGCAACUCUGUAAAUAUUGAAUAUUUGAGCAGGAUACAAUGCCCAAAGCUUGCUGUCAUUUACUGUGAUUAGCACAUAACUAUAGAUGGCAACACAUUGUAACAUGAGGAAUUGUCCAUAUUGGGAUUAUUUGUAAUACUUGUUUCUGUGGGUGACUAUAGAGUUUUCAACUGGAAACUCUGGAGUUCUAGAUGGGAUGCCCUAGUAAACAAAUGUAAUAGUUUUUUUUUUUUUCUCAAGUAUGAGUUUGGUUGUGCAAUUAAGGAUGUUUGUCAGACAUGGCUUUGGGCAUCUACUCAAACUUUGGUCCUGGUUAUAUUCUAUGUCAAGGGCCAAUAAACAGUAGGCCUUUUCAGCUCAAUCUAUAUACAAGCAAUCAUGGCCUUGUGCAUGUAUUGCUUACUUGUUUAAUCAUCACAGUAUAUCUUACCAUCCUUAUUGACUUGAAUCUAUAAGACCUUAAACCUGAACUGUUGUGUGCACACGCAUACACCUGAGCCAAUACUUACCACUGUCUGACUGACUAGUCCCAUUCACCUUUUGUACCCAAUCAUUCAAGUCCAUUCACUCCCCUGUGCUUGACCAAAGAUAACCUACAUAGAUCGGAUCCAGCUCGUGUUUACUCUAUUUAGAGAGAACGGUUGUGCCGCCACCACCGUCUGCCUACCUUCUACACUAUGGCUGCGUCUGGAAUUGCACCCUAUAUCGUAUACAGUACAUUACUUUUGACCAGGGCCCACAGGCUCUGGUCAAAGGUAGUGCCCCCUGGUCAAAGGUAGUGCCCCCUGGUCAAAGGUAGUGCCCCCUGGUCAAAGGUAGUGCCCCCUGGUCAAAGGUAGUGCCCCCUGGUCAAAGGUAGUGCCCCCUGGUCAAAGGUAGUGCCCCCUGGUCAAAGGUAGUGCCCCCUGGUCAAAGGUAGUGCACUGUAUAGGGAAUAAGUUGCUGUUUCGGAUGCAUUCCAAAUGCAGUGUAUUUACAAGUGUUUGAGUCGUGCUUCUUCCAUCAUGGCCAAAAGAUGUAGUUUUUACAAUUUGAUAAGGAUUAUUAAUAUUAAGCGAACGUCAAAGGGUUAAAAUGCAUCUCUAAUGUGAAGGGGAAAAACUGAGUUAUGUAUUGACGCAGCAAUACAAGGUUAUGUAAAAUUUUAUAUAAAUGUUUUUAAAUCUGACACUUUAUGUAUCCAUAUGUUCAUUGUUAUAUUUGUCCCGUGUGUAUGUUUUUUGUGGCCGUGUUUCAUUUCUAAGUACAGUUUAUUUUUUAAUAUUCAACGGGGGUUAUCGCACACAUGUUCAGUUUGUAUCAUGAAAUGUUUCUCACAGAAAAAUACAUCUUGUAAAGCUGGUUCAUAAUGUGAGAUAUUGAUCCAUCAGUGAGGGUAGCAAAGUCCCCAAAUGUUCUGAGAGAAUUCCUUGGUGGUUGUGAAUGUGUGUGUGUGUAGGAUAAUAAGCUAAUGUAGACCUAUUUUUGUGCAGCUAAUGCACCGUUUUGUCAAACUGGAGUGAUUAAUUGGAAGGCUGACUAUCUGUGUACAUGUGUAGGGAGAUUGCCUUGGUGCCGGAACAGGAACAAGGGAAGUGUACUCUCAAUCUAACCCAUAGAUGAAUGAAGCCCUCCUUCAGGGAAGAACGCUGGUGCCAUACAUCCUUUUAUUUCAUAAAUUUACUUUCACGUUACUGAUUUUUUUUUUGUUUAAAGCAGUGUAGCUGCUCUAACUGUAUACUGUUCACAUGUCAUUGCGUGUAAGUUUCUCAGUCACCGACUAACAGACAUUUCAUGUUACUUCUGAGAUAUAUUUUUUUGCUGCUGAAAGUGACAAUCGUCAUAUUUGGUACAAAACUAUUUCAAAAGUAAUCCAUAACUUUUAGUUAAUUUACACUGCACAAAUGUUUAUACAAUGCUUUUGUAAACAUUUUUAGUGUAUUUGCAAAAAUAAAUACAUUUGCAAUGAA